AUGUCUGAGUACAAAAAAAUUCGUGAAUUUUCUAUUUUUGACAAGAAAUUUAUUCCUGGUGGUUUUGAGAAACCUCUUACCAAUUUACCUUUAUCUAUUUCUACAAUUAACUUGACUGACUUUCAUUAUACCGACAAUCUUGUGUCACCCACUCCAAGUUCUUUAUCUCAAGAAAUUUAUGAUUUAACCGGACCUCAAUUUUGGCCAACAUCCAAACCCGUAAAAAAAACCAAAUUUUGGAAAAAAUUUUGGUCAAAGAUUUCUAAUUCACCAACAUCAACAAACGGAUUCUUCGUUAUGAGAUCAAAAAGACGUACAUCUAAUGUUAGUGAAAGUAGCAUCAUUACUUCACAUUCAACUGAAGAAUCUUCAAACCAUGACUUUAGAACAAAUUAUGGCGGUGAUCAAGCAACUCCGGCAUCAAUUUUGACUACGGUGGUAAUCCCCGCCAAUUCACUAUACAAACAGGAUUUAGCGAACACAACAUUUGAUAAUAUUGAUAAAUCUCUUAUAAUUCGUUCUCGUCACCAUAGUAUCUCAUAUCCUCUUCGUGAUCUUAGACAUCCAAAUCCAACACCUGAUGAAAAAAUUUCAUGUUUGAUUCAAUGCGUUAAUUUCAAUGUACAUAUUCAUCCUCAUUUAUUACAUGCCGAAACCACAAUUUCACAUUCCAAAAUUCCCACACAAAUUUCACAUUCCAAAAUUCCCAUACAAAUUUCACAUUCCAAAAUUCCCAUACAAAUUCCACGGGAUAUUUCAUUCUCUCAAUUUCAAAAAUCAAUUGCUAAAUUAUUAAAAUAUAAUUUGAAAUAUUCGUCAACAAAUGAACCAUCAAUGUUCAUAAAAGAUAAAGUUUUAAAGGAUUUAAUAGUUUUAUAUCAUACAAAGAGGAUAAAUGCGGAUGACUUAAUUGGAUUAUCAAAGAAAAAUUCGGUUGAAAGGAAUGAAGAUUCUGGUAACAAUAAAAAUAAUAAUUGUAAAGAAACAAAAGAAAAUUUGAAGAAACAAAAAAUAAUCAUACAAAAAUUAAUAAAAUUGGAUAAAUUAUGGGUCGUGGAUUGUGAUCAA